GGAGUUAAUAGAGAAAGGCUCCCAUCCAGGACCUGCCUGCAAGACUCCCAGGUAUCAACCAGCCCAAGCUAGCCCUUGUUGACUUAGCAGGUGACAGUCUGGGGAAGGAGGGGAGGAGGAUGUGGAAGUCACACCUCUCCAAGCUUGGUUCCCAUUGGCCCUUGAUACGCUUAAAAGGGCCCAGCAGUUUCAGCAUCCUUAUUCCCCGGACCCUCUACAGAUUCUGUGGUUAUACUCACUCCUCAUCCCAAAGAAUGAAAUUCACCACUCUCCUCUUCUUGGCAGCUGUGGCUGGGGCCCUGGUCUAUGCUGAAGAUGCCUCCUCUGACUCGACGGAUGCUGAUCCUGCCCAGGAAGCUGGGACCUCUAAGCCUAAUGAAGAGACCUCAGAUCCAGCAGCAUCUGCUUCACCCCCAGAGACAACCACAACAGCCCAGGAGACGUCGGCAGCAGUUCAGGGGACAGCCAAGGUUACCUCAAGCAGGCAGGAACUAAACCCCCUGAAAUCCAUAGUGGAGAAAAGUAUCUUACUAACAGAACAAGCCUUUGCAAGAGCAGGAAAAGGAAUGCCUGGAGGCUUGGCAGGUGGAAAACAAUUCAUUGAAAAUGGAAAUGAAUUUGCACAAAAAUUACUGAAGAAAUUCGGUCUGCCAAAACUGUGGGCAUGAGAAGCUGAAAAGAAUGGGAUCACUGGACUUAAAAGCCUUAAAUACCCUUGUAGCCCAGAGUUAUUAAAACAAAAGCAUCCA